CAAGACAUCACAACUAUACGGCAUGUACGAUAUGGGAAAUCUUGUUUUUGUCCAUGUCAUCUCUUUGACAGUGUUGCUCACCCAGUUGUCAUUCACUACUUCACUAUCAACCACCACACUUCCAAGCUUGGCAGACGGCCUAAUGCGAUGUUACUCUUGCACCUCCACGUCAGAGAGUAGUCCAUGUGAAACGGAUCCAUCAACUCUACCUCACGGAAUAUUAGAUGUUUGCUCGCGGGAUGCGUGCACCAUUGUAAGAGUGGAAGAAUGGCCGUCUCAACGUGUCAAGAGUUUCUAUCGUGGAUGUGACGGGCGGACUAAAGUCUUUGAGCGGAACCAUUGCCAAAUCGAAAAGGAUGAACGAACGUGUUUCACGGCCUGUGUGGGCGAUUUGUGUAACCUCGGAAACGGCUUGGUCGACUAUAUUGUUCCUUCAGGAUCGAUCCCAGCUGGAUCUGGCUGGGCAUUUAUCGCAACAACUGCUGCUGCCGUCGCCACAUUCUCUGCUAUAUUAUUAUCUGCUGUCUAAGUUGGCAAAGGACGUCAUACAGCUGACAAAUCAAUACAGCCAACUUUGUUCUCGG